AACCUAAAAGUCAAUAUGUACUGCAUCCAUCCUUCAACCAAAUUGCUAUCAUUUUUCUUUUCCUCAGAGAAGCUGGUCUUGUUUCUCCAGUGUUGGUCUCUGCAUGUUUCUUCCAGAAAGAACGCAGCAAAGCAAAGGUAUACCAAUAGAUACACUAUCCGAGAGAAUGUGCGAAGCAGAUUCAAAGCUAUGAUCAACAUUCAUGGAACCGCCCUUUAUCUUGCACUCUACACUGAUGUAACCAAUUCAAAGGAAUUAUUGGAAAGUAUGCAAGCUGGGACAUUGGAGCCAGAAGUUGCACUCCUCAAUGCUUCACUUAUUCCAGAUAUUUUCCCUGUUCUAGCAGCUGCACACAAGACACUUGAAGCCAAGUCACGGGACUCUUUGACCACACGCACUCUACAUUCAGAGCUCGUUUACAACUACUCAGGGUCCAAACAUAUAACCGAAUCUUUAAAGAGAUGUGGCGUAUCUGAAAACACAGCUUAUAUCCUUGUUGUUCGAUUUGAUGCUACUCCUGAUGAGAUAAAAGCCAUAGAGAAACUCGUCAUUGGCAAAGAGAUUAGCGUGGAAGAGCUGGAAGGGAGAGCAAACCAAUCCCAGAUACAAAAGCAAUACAAGAUAUCUGCCUCGGAACUUGGUGUAUCAUCACUUGCAGAUGCGAUAACUUGCUGAAUAGCUGCUCGGGAUGCCUUGUAGAAGAAUGAUUGUGAUAUGCUUGUAUACUGACUUUUUUAUUACCAAAUCUAAUUUGUCUUGGAAUUUAAUAAGCCUCUAGCUGCUAGCCUUGUAGCACAGCCUUAUCUUGUAGGAAUGAAUUAUUAGUUGAUCUAGUAUUAAACAUGAUUUUUAUAUAAGAUAGUAUGACUUCAUUUGACCUAUGAAGUUGACUUCAUAUGAUGAGAAAAAGACUUCCAUUAUUGUAUUGAUCUUGUUGCUGUAACAUAACAACAACUACUGCUGCAA